UGUUCACAAGCCCCUCCCUGCUCCAUGCACUCUUUUGCACACAAGCAACCCCAGCUUCUGUUAUGGCAGGGGCCGCACAUUGGCAUCUCCCAAACUGCUGCUGCAUGCCACUCUCCCAGACAGCUCUCCCCUGCCUUCUCAGGAGACAGACAGACAGGCAGAGCUGAAAACAGAUUGCAGUGAACUGUCUGGCAAACACGCCCUCACAUCAGCAGGACAAAGUGGAGGAAACUGCUAAACAUAUGUCACAAGAUACUCAAAGGUCCAACCAGAUAAUGUGACAACAAAUUGUUUGAAGAACAGAACAAAAGAAAAAUGGAGAGACAAAAUGGAAAUAUCUCACCGCAUAAAACUAAAGAGAAUGGAAUUAAAGGGAAGCCCCCUUACUCAGUGGAGACCCCUUAUGGCUUCCGAAUUGACCUGGACUUCCUGAAAUACGUAGACGACAUAGAGAAAGGCAACACCAUCAAAAGAGUCCAUAUUCAGCGGAGGAACAAAGUCCCCCGGGCAAGCACUCUUCCCAGGCACCUCAACCCUUCUGGUUCUGGCCACUGCUCCAGCCUCUGGGGAUCUACCGGAGCUAUUGGCCCCAGGUCCCGAUUGUCCGAUGCCGAUCAUCAUAGCUAUACUUCCUGGGCAUGCGAUCACAGGAGACCCCUUUCUCCCACAGGGCUCAAGUCUUUGGCAGAGAUGGAGGCCAGAAUCAAGGAGUUUGAUGAGCAACCUUUAGGUGAGCACAUCAGACCUCAUCUCCUCCGUGCCUCCAGUCUGCCUCUCACAGUAUUACUAAGACAGAGCUCAGAGUCCACCGAUGACCCCGGCAGCCUCCACAGUUCUAGGGAUCACCUCGGAGGAAGAAACACCUCCUGUGAAGACAUUUUAUACUCCCAAGAUAGCCCUCGUCCUCGGGACUGCUCAGGGCUGGUGAGGCGCCUGACCGAGGCCCUUGAACGUGUCGGGGAGCUGGAGAUGGAGGUGAGGGUCAUUCCGGAGCUCAGGGCUCAGAUCUGCAUCCUCCAAGAGGAACGAGAAAUGCUUCGUCUGGGCCUGAAUCCACAGAUCCAAGCCCCUUCGAUGAAUGGAAGCACAGACCCUCAUACUUUGUCCCACUAUGGCACCAGGGAAAUCAAAAGGCCCAGGCAUGAAAGCCAUGUCAUGUUUCCUAAAAAUCACAUUGUCAGUCAAGACGAUUCUAAUCCAACACACGAGUGGAGGACUAGUACAGAUCUGGACGAGCUGCUGACGGUGACGUCCCUGCAAGCGAAGGUGGCUGCGCUCGAGCAGAAGCUCCAUGAAACUGGCCUGGAGCUCCAGAGGGCCGUAGGCCUGCUGAGGGAGCAGCAGGAGGAGAGCAAGAGGAAGGACGAGAAGAUGGGGCACCUUAUCACAAAUCCUGCGGUGUGGGUCCGGGCAGAGAGGGUGGUUGUGGACCAGGACGGAGAUGAGACGGUGGUGAGAUCUGUUGAAACAGAUUAUGAUAACGUCAGCUCCCUGAGUGGUGUAAGAACUGGGCCUGUAGACACAGCAGUAGUCGUCCCCCACAUAAAGAAGAUCAAGAGGCUCCUGGAUCAGCAGUGGGCGUGUCUGUGUGCAGACAGGGAGUCAGGAGAGGAGGGUAAACCACUAAUACACCCAGACCCUAAAGUCAACUCCCUGCAGCAGCAGAUGAUGGGACUUGUUGACAUCCUCACCUCCUACUACAUCCAACAUGGACACAAUGAGGGAGACAGGAUUCAGCAUGAAGACUCUAAAUCCAUCAUAAAGACAGAUGGAUGCGUCCAGACGUCAACAGGCCAACAUUCUGGGGGUGUUAAUGACGGAACAACCACAAGUGGAAAUCUCGGGAGUGAGGGUGCGAACGACAGCGUUCAGCAGAAGGAGAGCAGCACCAGCCCCAGAGACAUGGCUGCUGCCCAGGUGGAUGCGGACCCAGAGAUGAGACGGGUGGAGGGAGAGCGGCACAUGAGCCCAGACGCACAGAUGAUAUCGGGAGGAGCAGGAUCGGGGCGGACAGAUGGAGGCGGAGCGUCUGUGGAAGCAGAAGCUCCGGAGAAAAUGGCCAAGACGAAACCAAAGCCUCCAGGAGAACAGAUGGAGAGGUACUCUGGCUCAGAAACAACUCCAGGGGGCAGGGAGACUGGGAGUGCAGAUUUUAUGACCGCAUGUCAGUUCCUCAAUGACCACAUGGAAAACAUGCAUAACCCCAACGAUGAUAUGAGGAAGGCCCUGGUCGUGUUGUUUCAGUAUUGGUUCAGUGCGGCGGCAGAAGAGGCCUCAGUGGCCAGCAGGGUGGCUAUGUACCUGAAGGAGGUGAAGAAAUCCACACCCUCACUACUGGCCUUCCUCAUCAACCUGGCCGACGACAACGGCAACACAGUGCUGCAUUACAGCGUGUCCCACUGCAACUACGGCAUCGUCAGCCUGCUGCUGGACACAGGUGUAGGUGAUGUUAACCUGCAGAACAACGCUGGCUACACAGCAGUGAUGCUGGCCUCACUGACGGCCCCCGAUGGCCCUGGUGGCAUGGAGGUGGUCCGGAAGAUAAUGGAGCUGGGCAACAUCAACAUUCACUCCAGUCAGACGGGCCAAACAGCUCUGCACUUGGCGGUGAGACACGGCCGAGUCGUGAUGGUCCGCCUGCUGCUGAGCUGUGGAGCCGACACGAACAGCCAGGACAGCCAGGGCACCACGGCCCUGAUGUUCGCGUCGGAGAGGGGCCACACACACAUCGCACGGCUGCUGCUGGAGAGGAGCCAGUGUGACCUCACCCUCACUGACAAGCUUGGUCAAACUGCCAUCUCCAUUGCCAUGCAAGGUUCCCAUACGGACACAGCCGCCCUCCUGCAGGCCCACGCUAAGGCUCGACUUCUGUAGAGCUGGAAAAUAAGAACAGAGUCUGCAGAUAUAAUGAACCUCUCACACAUGCUCUUUUCCGUCUGAUGCACCUUAAAAUGCAGUUUAAGGUUGAUGCUAUGUGCCUGGAUUGACCUCUUUCUUCCAUGAUAUUGUUUUUGAAUCCAGGACUUGUGCUGCACAAGCAUUAACUCAAGUUUGGUAUGGGAUGACAUCAUCAUAACGAGACUACAUCAUCAAUGAGAGAGGUGGGGCUUUCAACAAGGGUUUGUUGUGAGUGCUUGUGCAGUAAAAUGUGUUUUCAUGGUUAGGCUUGAUCUUUGCACAAUCAAGUAGCAGCUUCCCUCUGCAAACUAUGCAAAGAAAAUAUAUAUUUAUUAUAAGUAAAUUGUUGUCAUGAUAAAAUGGUCCUUAUCCCAGGUGCUUCUCUGUUUAUAGAGAAAAAGCAGAGGCUGCAAUUUCCAUAAUUGCAGCAGAUCAGCACUUUUUGAAUAAAAUAAAAUGUGUGUAAAAUAUAUCAAGACAUGUAAAGUACUUGUUGAAUGCUGCAUGUGUACAUGAAAGACAAAUGUAAACCAACCUGUUGAUUUCUCUCUCUAGCAAUUUCCACAAUUUUAACAAUGUUUGUUUUUAAUAAAAAUCUGAGAAAAUAGA